AUGGCAGCGACAGAGCAACGAGGAGCGUUCACGGACCCUUGGGGGAGAGAAUUUCUUAGUGACGGGACGUUGAUCAAAGGGAAGGAAGGGGAGGAGGAUGAGGCAGCGGAAGAUUCAAGCGAGGAUCAGCUCUCAGAUGACAACGAGGGUCCAGCAAAGAAGGCGGAGCCUGUGUUGUCGACUAGCGGCAAGACGCUACCAAAAAUCAAGCUCAAAGUCACACCAAACUUUGACGGGCCCGAGUCGGAGGAGGAAACAGGUGGUGGUGGUGGUUCUGGCAGUGGUGCCGCACGUCGUCCACCACCUUCCGCAACAGCACCGCCUAAUCCUACUCUAGGUGGUAAAACAGUACUCACCAUAAAGACAAAAGCAAAAGAAGUCCUCAGUAUCAGGGAUCCUCCUUGCUGGCGGUGCAAAACACUCAACAAACCCUGCGAAUCUUCUUCUCUUCGAUUCUCAUGUACCACAUGCUACAAGCGCCACUGGGCGUGUUCGAUGAACCCUCCUCCGCCGAGACAGAAAAAAGGCGGCGGCGGUGGUGGAAGCAGCUCCCAUCAUUCGGCACCGCCGAAAACUAGGUCUUUGCCGGUUUUGGGGACUACUACCGAAGCAGGGAUAUCUGCGCCUGGCGCCGGAGAGAGUAUUAGUUCCGGCCCAGUCACCCGAGGCCGCUCCCCACUUCGUAGUGCGUCGUCAAAGGGUGUGAAACGUCCUAGAUCGACUACUCCGCCUCCCGCUGUCGAGGGUGGCGCUGGGGUCACUGUGACUAUGCCUCCCAGCGAUUCGGGUCCUUCGGGGAUAUCGGGCGUUUCAGCCCCCCAGAGCAAAAAGACUCGAACGAGCUUGAGGACGAUAACUAAACCCCAACCCGAAGCUCAGUCUCAAUCUCAAUCGCAACGACCUCAAUCUCAGCGAAAUACAUCAAAGGUCAACAUAGGAGGAGGAGGAGUUUCAAUUACUACUCCCAUCACUUCUAAUCAAGGUUUCGUUCGACCUAUCUCCACCGCAACUCCCGCAAUCUCAGCGCAGAGUCAAAACCAGACUUCUAACCUCACUCUCUCAGAAAUAAAAUCCUUGAAAUCUCAAGUCGAUAAUCUUAUCCAGCGGGAUGAAAAAUCUCAAGCUGUGCUCGACCAGCAUUCAGCGAUGUUGGAUGCCGUGUUGGUCAAUAUGAGGAUGUUGCUUGGAGAUAAAUUCGUUGACGUUAAUGCGAAGGGAGAUGGUUCGCGUUCUCCUCCUGUUCAACAGAGGAAAGAGAAGGGUAUUGGGGAGGAUGGGAACAAAGACGGGAAGGUCUCUGUCAGUGCUGUAGUCCAAGAUGUUGAUCAGGACGAGCUUGAUGAGCUAGACGAGUUGACCCCGAUCGAGAAACUUACCCCGACGCCUUCGAAUGGAAUUGGUGGAUCUACUGCUGUGAACGCUACAAGCACCAACGCCAUCGCGCUUGCUGCGUCCAAAUCUCCUGUCCCGCCACCGUCUGGUCUCAUCGGCCCUGCAGUUACUGGAUCUUAUGAACCUCAGCGCGUUGACCCCCCUCCCCGUCUCAUCUCUGUACCUUCAGGUCGAGUUCCGGUACAAGCUCCAGUGCCCAUAAUAGCUGCGGUUCCAGCACCAAUCCCAAUCAGGGAUACAAUACGUGAUGUUCCUAGGGACUCAUCUCGGGAUAAUGCCGCUCAUAUCGCUGCUUCCGUCCCCUCUCCGCAUUUCACCCAGAUCAACAACGGUAUCCACACCGACAAGCUGAAACUGAAAGCCAAAGCCAAGAAUCCAUAUCCGAAUAUCUCUCCAGUUCUUUCUGCACCUGUUAUUUCUUCUACUGCUUCCCAUGUUGCACACCCACCACCACCACCCAGAGAUAAUCCCCCUCGAGCCAUAAUCAGCUCUGCGCGAAUGGUCAAUCCGCCACCGAAUAUCCCUGCGAUAUCUACUCUUCCCGCGAUAUCCACUCUCCCUGCGCCUGCUGCGCCUUUAUCCCCUGCUUCAACGACUUCUGCGGUUGAUGAUGAAGAGGGAGUAGACAAAGCGGAUGGAGUAGAUGGAAUAGAUAGAGGAUAUAUAGCGGAUGCUUCGCAUGGUCCGACGCCUGUUGUUACACCGGCCCUGAUUCCUCGUGGUACUAAUAGGGAGCAUCGUUCAAGGUCUCCACCGCGCAGGUCUAGGUCUCCGUUACCUGGCCGUGCGGUUCGUGGGGUACACAAUUCUUUUUUUACAUCUCGUCACCCUCUUGCAUCCCAUGGAUCUCAUGUGUCCCAUCGUUCAUCACAUGCCUCGCGUCCGUCUUAUAAACCUCUUGCAUCACAUGCUCCCCGACGUCUUUCGCGCUCUCCUCCUCCUCCUUCACAUAUCCGAAGACCUACUUCCCUCUCGCGGUCCCCCACUCCUCCGCAUAUACGGUAUGGAUACCCGGAUCCGUAUCGUGCACAACAACCACAACAACCUAAUGACGCCCAACCAUCCACCCAACGACACCACGUGUACUCUCCCCUUCCUCGUUCCCGUUCUCGGUCUCCUUAUUCCCGCUCCCCACCUCCAUAUGCACAUUCCUCUCUCUCAGCUCAUCCACCAAACCCCUCAUCUCGUCCGUCUCAACCUCCCCGCCCACUCCACGCGCGUGACAAUACUGAUAUGCACAUCGAUAGUCUCGUGGAACCAUAUCCUGAUUAUGUUUAUACCGAGACCCGUGACUCCCGCGACCACGUUGACCACGAUGAAGACCGUCCCGGGCGCUCCUCGCGUCCACGUACUAGUUCCCCCAAGGAUGUGCAGGAAAGCAGGUUGGAAGAUACAGAGGAUAUACGUGAUCUGAAUGGAGCUUCUGAUGAGCGGUUGGGUCGAGGAGGAGGAGAAGGGGGAGGAGGAAAGCCGGACAGAGGCAAUUCUACGGGCAGAGGAGAUGAGGUAGAUGGAGCAGACGCAGCGGACGGCGGUGAUAUGGAGUUAGAGUACCCGUCUGAUGAUAUUAGGGAUACGAGCAUUGUACGUGACACAAGGGACACCAGGGACGCAGGUGAUGCGGAACACCCAGAGGACGAUGAAGAUAUGUAUUAUCCGGAAGAGGUGAGGUAUUCGUCUUCGAGAUGA